AUGGCUUACCGCGGCGGCGGCGGCCGAGGAGGAGGCCGCGGCGGCGCCCGCCGUAUGGCCACGGAGAAGCCGGGGGAUCCGGAGGCGGCGGUGGUGGCGGCGGAGGCGGAGGCCGGCCCUUCAUCUGGCCGCCACCGCCUUCCACUCCGCGCCGGUGACGCCGGUGACGCCGGCGCCGUACCUGCUCCCGGUGCCGAUGGGCUACCGCGGGCCCAUGGUGAUGCCGCACGAGGGCGCGUACGGGGUGCCGAUGGCCGUGUACCGGCCGUCCGGGCAAGCGGCCGUCUUCAGGGCGCUCGCGCCAGCGGCCUCCCAGGUCUCCUUCUCGCCUGCGCCUCCGGCAGCCCCGGUCACUAUCAGGGCGCCGCCACCAUCCUCGAUGACGACGUCGCCGGCUGCUCCGUCUUCCACUCCGGCGCCUCCACGCCAGCCCACGCCGCAGAGCGCCUCCACGCCGGCGUCCGAGCCGGACCCGCCGCCUCCUCCGCGCCGUCGCCCGCGGCCCUGGCGAAGGAGGCCGAGAAGAAGCUGUUCGUCUCCGAGACCGCGCUGGCGCCGCCCGCGGCGGCGGCGGCGGCGGCGGCGGCAGCGCACGGGACGGCUGCUACCGGCGCGGACGACGCGUCGGACCUCGCCACCGUGGGGAAGAAGGUGAUGAUCCGCGCGAACCACUUCCUCGUCAACGUCGCCGACAACGACUUGUUCCACUAUGAUGUGAGCUAG